UACGUAGCCAGCGUAACGUUACUAGGCUGUUUCAAGCGGUUCAAAGGGUUUUGUGUUGGGUCAUGGAGGAAGAAGGUAAAUAGAACUCGGCGGUCGGUGUUGGACGCUUUCGGGAUAGCUUUGUUCCAACUCGGUUGCAGAAACGGGAGCCGGGGAGGACACAGAAACACAGACCGGAGCAGAGGGACUGUUCAGCCACAUCAGGAGGAGCUCUCGGCGCUUUUAGGUGGGGUGGUCGGGUUUGCCUCGUCCUUGUGUUGCCAUGGCGAUGCGGGAGUUGGUGGAGGCAGAAUGUGGGGGAGCCAAUCCUCUCAUGAAGUUGACCAGUCACAUGACCAAAGAAGAGGGAGCUUGGCGGCAUCGCUCAACACCAACAAUUGCUCCCACACCCAUCGAAAUAGCAACAGAAGAAGAGCUUGUAAAUGAGUUCCUUCAGGCACCACCGCGACCCCCACACACCUUUGACAUGGGUCAGCUACUGGAGGAAAUGCAGCAGAUUGACCAGCAGAGCUACAGACAAGCUCCACAACGAGCUCCAGAUGUGGCAGCGCUGGCCCUCUCGGGUGACUGGGCAGCCGAGUUCCUCUCGGGUUCUGACUCUGCUGCCACAUCAGGACUAAAUGCUCUUGGCGAUGCAGCAGAUGCUGAUUGGACGAGAGAAUUUAUCGCUGAGGCCGCAGACCCUGGUCGCUGGGCAGAGGAAUAUCUGGAGCAAUCUGAGGAGAAGCUGUGGCUGGGGGACCUUGGAGACAAGGAGAGUGAAUGGACAAAGGAGUAUCAGCCUGAAGAUGAGCUGAGGCAAACGGCCAAUGAGCUCGUCUCGAAGGUUGAUGACCCUAAGUUACAAAACACAGAGUUCCUGCGAUUCGUUAGGCAGAUUGGCGAGGGCAGUGUGACAGUGGAGAGCAGAACAGACAAACAGCUCAAAGAUAAAGUUCAGGCCGAGGAGGCUCAGAACUGGGCCUCCAACCUCAACCAGGUGUCAGAGGAGUCCGCUGAAGCCUGGGUGGACGAGUUCACCGCACCUGGACCGGAUUUCCAGCAAGCCAAAGCUGCAGUGGAGAGUGAUGUGGAUUUCUGGGAGAAGCUGCAGCAGGAGUGGGAGGAGAUGGCCAAGAGAGAUGCAGAGAGCCAUCCCUGGCUGUCGGACUACGAUCAGCUGCUCAGCUCUUCUUAUGACAAGGGGUAUCAGUUUGAAGAGGAGAACCCCUACUUAUCCCAUCCGGAUCCGUUUUCAGAAGGAUUGAAGAGGAUGGAGGCGGGGGACAUUCCUGGAGCUGUACGGUUUUUUGAAAGUGCCGUGCAGAAGGAACCGAACAACCAACUGGCUUGGCAAUAUCUGGGAACCUGUCAGGCAGAGAAUGAACAGGAAUUUGCAGCAAUCAGCGCCCUCCGCAGGUGUAUCGAGCUGAAGAAGGACAACCUGACCGCCCUGAUGGCGUUGGCCGUCAGCUUCACUAAUGAAUCUCUGCACAGGCAGGCCUGUGAGACUUUACGUGACUGGCUGAAGCACAAUCCAAAAUACCGCUCUGUGUGGGAGCAGCACGAGAUGGAGCGUCAAAAGGAUACUAUCAGAGACAGGGAAAAAGAAAAGGAGAGGUUCGGGUCGUUGUUGCCAGAAUCUUUGUUUAAUGAUGUCCAGAACCUGUUUCUGCAUGCAGCCAACUCUGACCCCUCGCAGGUAGACCCUCAGCUGCAGUGUGGUCUGGGGGUUCUCUUCAACCUCAGUGGAGAGUAUGACAAGGCCGUGGACUGCUUCAGUGCUGCUCUUUCUGUCACUCCUCAUGACUACCUUCUGUGGAAUAAGCUGGGAGCUACAUUGGCCAACGGAAGCCGCUCAGAAGAGGCCGUGGCCGCCUACAGGAGAGCUUUGGAGCUGCAGCCAGGUUUCGUCCGCAGUCGCUAUAACUUGGGAAUUAGCUGUGUUAACUUAGGUGCACACAGGUGA